AUGGCUAACACUCUGCUGAUUCUGCUAAGUGCUGUCCUGCCAGUCCUGACUCUCUCUGCCUCUGUGAAUGUGGGGAUUAUUAAUGGAACAGAGGCCAAACCUCAUUCCAGACCCUACAUGGUCUCUGUGCAGAAAGAUUCGAUGCACAUCUGUGGUGGUUUUUUGGUGUCUCCUCUCUUUGUAAUGUCAGCAGCGCACUGCCACAUUGAUGAUCUGACAGUUGUACUUGGUGCUCAUGAUCUGUCAGACAAAAAGACCGAUAAUGGUCGUGUGCGUGUAAAAAACCCGUUCAUCCAUCCCCAUUAUAACCCUGGAACGUUUGAAAAUGAUAUCAUGCUUUUGCAGCUUGAAAAGGAGGUCAAGCUGAACCAAAACGUGCAAUUGAUCCCUCUCCCGGUGGAGGGUGAAGACGUCAAACCUGAGUCUGUCUGUACUGUAGCGGGAUGGGUAGCCACAGGGAACAAUAAGGCUCCAGUUGAUCGUCUCCAAGAGGCUAAUGUUAUUGUUAUGGGCCACCAGGCAUGUCAAGGCUGGAGAAAUUAUUUCGUACCCUCUAGCAUGAUCUGUGUUGGUGGAAAAGAAGGAUUUUGCAAGGGGGACUCUGGGGGUCCUUUGGUGUGUGGGGCGACAGCAGUGGGGGUGGUGUCAUUCCUUCAGGAAGGAAAGUGCGAAAAGCCUGAUGUGCCAAAUGUUUACACCAAGAUAUCAGCCUUUCUUCCCUGGAUUAAACACAUCAUUGGAGGAACGGAACAUGCAACUGGUCAAUAA